UCGAUAAUUAACAUACUAAAAAAAAAAUAUCAAAAAAAUUUAAUAAAAAAGCUUUGUAUACUUAAAAUAUUUUUAUGAUUCUUCUUUAAUGCUAAAUUUUUUUGAUGCACAAAGUGCAUGAAUCUGAAAACAAAUGAAGCAUGAUAAUUAGACGCAAUUAUUUCCCGAGAUUUAUACAAAAAUGGCAAUUUUGUUUACAUACUGAUAAACUUUUUAAAUUCAAUAACUUCAGACCAACAAUCAUUCGUUCUCCAAUUCAAAUGGACACGUCAAAUGAAAUAAAUUUAUUGACAAAUGCAUUAUUCAAAACUUUGACAGCGCCCGAAGGCAAGAUUGUCGAGUUUCCGGAGCUAGAGAACACUUACGUUCAAAAUAAUGACUCAACUUUAAAUAUACAAUCGGAACAAACUCCUCUGGUAAUAAAUAUCUUUGACUUUGAUGGGACUCUGUUCUCUUCGCCAGAACCAAACUCUGCCAUAUGGGAAGGUCGAUUGGUAGGCCUUUUGAAGAAUGAAAAUAUUAUCUUCAAGGGGUGGUAUCAAGACAGAAGGUCACUUAGCUUUGGACCUCAAGAGAUGCAGAAUGGAUUGGAAAAUAGGUGGAAUAAUAAACUUGUUAAUAUUGUUAAACGUUCAAUGAGAGAUGAAAAUACUUUAACAGUUCUAUUGACUGGCCGUAAUUAUGAUGAAUUUCAUGAAUUGAUCACAAACAUGGUUGAGAGAAAAGGAAUGCGUUUUGAUGUAAUGGGAUUUAAACCAACUAAUAAUAUUAUUGAUUGGCAAAAAUAUUACAAAACUAAUAUCAUCGGAAAGAUAGGAAGGGAUAUGUAUGAAGAACUUAUUAUGAAUCAAACAAUUACAGGAACGCAGAAAUUGAAAACGAAAGAAUUCAAGAUGAAUUUUAUUAAAGAUUUAAUAUCACAUCAUCCUCCUCCAAUUUCAAUCAAUAUAUGGGAAGAUCGUCCUAAUCAUUUUAAAGCUUUCGAAACAUAUCUUGAAAAAUUGAAAUCUUUUGGAAAGAUUAAGGAAGGAACUGUUUAUAAAGUUUUUCUUCCAAGGAUUUAUUUAGAACCCUUUAGAGAAUAUGAGAUAGUAAUGGAAAUGAUAAAAGAUCAUAAUUAUAGAUCCACACAAAUUCAUUUGGGAAAAAUUGGAAUUGUAAGAAAAAUUCAAUACGCGGGAAUAUUUUUUGAUCAACAAGUGAUUGAUAAAUUGAAAAGAAUAUACCCUCCUCCCAAUGUUAAUGGCGAAUGGGUUUUUGACGGACCAUACGUUCUUAUUAAAAAAAAUGUAAGUAACGAAUGGUUAAAAUCACAUUGUGAAGGAAGAGGAGCUAUCGUGACGAUGAAAAUUACAGGUUUUGGUAUAUACCAAAAUCGUAUUUAUUGCUUACGAGUAAGCGAAUACGAAAACAGUCUAGAAAAAACUCCCAUAGGUAUGCGUUGUGGUAAAUUAUUUAGUGAUUGCCCGGAACCUUUCAUUAAUUUUGCCCAUGUAAAAGGUACUGAAGGAUUUCAUAACACUGAAAGGAUUAAUUUUGAUUGGAUAAAAUAUGAUAAACAGAUUGUAGUUCAAGGAAUAAUUGCUGCAAAGUACAUUCUUGGUUUAGAAUAAAUUAUCGUAAUUAUGAUUUGUUUGGAUUCAAAAUUUAUUAAUGAAAUGUUUCUAUGAAAAUAUUAGCCAAAAAAUCUCAUUUUUACCAAUUGAAAU